AUGAGGAUAACAGAAGACCUCAUUCGUCGCAAGUCGGAGCACAAUGAAGGAACGUUGGAAGACCUCGAAGAAAUAGCUUUGCACCAACUUGAAAUCGAAAAGAUUGAGCACAUUGACCGUUUGUGCAAAGAUCUAAGAAUUCUUUUGCUGCAAAACAAUCUGAUUGAGCGGCUUGAAAACCUACGAAGACUCAAGCGCUUGGAGUACCUGAACGUUGCACUGAAUAACAUUGAACUCGACCUUACCGUGAACUUCAUCAGCUUGUGUAGGCUGGAAGAAUCACUGAGCAACCUUAAACAAGUCAGCUCUCUUGAGGAUCUCUACCUCAUGGGAAACCCAUGCACAGAAUGGACGGGAUUUAGAAGCUUUACAAUUGCGAAUCUACCUCAACUCAAACAGCUGGACGGGAAGGUAGUGACGCCUGUUGAACGCAUACAGGCUCUGCGUGCACUUCCCGCUUUACAAGAAGACCUUGCUAAAGAAAUCCAACUAGAUGAUUCCCAGAAUGCAUACACUCGGGAAAAUCGCAAAAAGAUGUACCAGGAGAUGGCUCACACCAAGCCAUUUGAAACUUAUAAUAGCAAGGGGGAAAUCCGUCAGUGCAACCAAGGGAAGUACGCUGUUCAGUAUACAAAAGAUGCGGCGGACUCUAUAUCUAUUGAAAAUCAGCACUCAGAAGAACAGAAACUGCCGGAAAUUUUCCAGGAAUGCGAUCCUCCCCCUCUUGAGGACAUCAGUAACUUCAGCCAGUCGGGAGAAUAUCAGUUACUUAUCUCAGAACGGAUAGGCUGA